UUGUACACAAUCUUCGCGCCCGUCAAGUGUCCCCUCACUGCCAAUAAAUACUCGUUUGAUCUGAAGGACAGGAGUUUGCCUGAUGUGGGGGAUGUGUUCAAGAAGGUCCUGGAGGGCGAAUUUGAAGCGAACGGUACUUAUAUAAACUCGAAGACCGGACAAGUCUAUGGCUGUCUUUACGGCAAAUUUGAAGUGAAAUUAUAAACUUAAUUAAUGUAUCCCUUUAAAUAAAAAUUAAGUUCCUAACCACCUGGUUAUUAUUUUAUAUUACAAAAAAA